GACAGAUGCGUGCCUGUGCCAGCAUUGGUAUGACCCCGCGGCUCUAAUUAAUAAGAGGGUUAAUAAGGAGCUGCUCCGAUUCCAAGAUUUGCGCGAGUGCAAAGACCGAAUCGCUAGCAGCCAGAUCUGUGUACCUGUUAUGUGCAUUAUUUGGGGGGCUGGGCGUGACUUGUACGAUCCCGCGGCAAAGAAAGUGCACCUCGCUAGCGAGCUACACAUUGUAUAGCUGGCAAGACUUUAUAGGCAGGAACUAGCCGUCAGCACACUCGCGGCCCCCGCUCCAGCCCCGGCUGCUCGGAGUACUGCAGUGGUGUGUAACAGACCGAUAAUAGCAGAGAUCAGCCUACUUUUCAACAUGUCUGAAACGGGGAAGCCCAGCCAGCUUCUAAUCUCGAUUUCACUCGUCAUCAAUCUCUGCUCAUCAAUCCUCAUCGUUUUCUUGAACAAAUGGCUCUAUCGGAACCAUGGAUUCCCCAACAUCACUCUAACUUUUCUCCACUUUCUGAUGACAUCCCUUGGACUGGUCUUUUGCUUGAUGUUGGGUUUGUUUCAGCGGAAAAGCAUCCCCAUCAAAAAUGUACUACCACUGAGCUUAACCUUUUGUGGGUUUGUGGUGUUGACGAACCUUUCUUUACAGAACAACACCGUAGGAACAUAUCAGUUAGCCAAGGCGAUGACGACUCCAUGCAUUCUUAUUAUUCAAACUGCCAUUUAUCGAAAAACAUAUUCAACAAGAGUAAAGCUGACACUGAUUCCCAUAACCAUGGGAGUUAUAGUGAAUUCCUUCUAUGAUGUGAGAUUCAACGUAAUCGGAACAGUUUUUGCAACGGCUGGAGUACUUGUAACAUCAGUAUAUCAAGUGUGGGUGGGAACAAAACAACGUGAAUUCCAGGUGAACUCCAUGCAGCUGCUCUUCUACCAGGCGCCCCUGUCAGCAUUCCUGCUCUUGUUUGUCAUCCCAUUCUGUGAACCUAUCAUAGGAGAAGGGGGUUUGUUUAGCAGUUGGCCUCCUCAAGUAUAUGGCCUUGUACUGGCAUCGUGCUGUGUGGCUUUCUCAGUGAAUCUCUCUAUCUAUUGGAUUAUAGGCAACACGUCUCCAAUAACUUACAAUAUGGUGGGACAUGCAAAGUUUUGUCUCACGCUUCUUGGAGGGUUUUUCCUCUUCCAUGAACCAUUAGCUUUCAACCAGCUUGGAGGCGUUGGACUUACGUUAAGUGGAAUCGUCAUCUACACACACUUCAAAGUCCAGGAACAAAAUCAAGAAGAAACUAAAACGCCAGCUAAAACAUAUGAGAGUUACGACGAUGGUUUUCGUCAAUCGAGGAGAAAUGUGUUACCGAGAUGAUAGUCUUCUCAUUCUCAGGCUGCUCUUUGCCUUCUUUAGCUGUCUGCCUAACUUUGAGAGAUGUUCUCCAGUCUGCCUAUUGCUUCAUAUCCAGUCACUCUCAUUUCUACUUUGCAAUUUUUCCUUUUUUGUUUAUCUCUCUCUGUACAUUCACCAUAAGCUUUUGCAAGAUUUCUGCCUUCUGUUUUAGAACUUCAUGGAUUUCAUUCUCAUCUUAACUUGCAUCAUGAGAUUAGUUCAGUCUAGCCUAUAAUACUUUAAUUUUUUGGCCCAACUGAAGGACCUGCUUUUUGCAAAACCAUUAACUCCUAGGUCAAUCCAAGAGGUUUUUAAAACAAGGUUUCACCGUAUCAUAUAUUGCUCAUUAGAGGUUUUUAAAACAAGGUUUCACUGUAUCAUAUAUUGCUCAUUAGUACACAGCCAGGGAUAUCCCAAGGAUUAUUCCUAGCUAUUUUGACAGCCAAUUUAUGGUGGAGGGGGGGGGGGGGCAGAUACAUAGACAAGAGGCUGAGAAUGUAUUUCCAAUUAAAUUCCAUUUAUAAUGAUCGAACCACUGAAAAAAAUGAAGUCAAUAACUCAGUUGGUCUUGUUUUUUAGCCUUCAAGUAUUUUCUGAACAGAAAGUUAUUACAUGUAUUUUAAUAGCAAACAAGAAGAGUACACAAAGGUUGAAACAAGGUCUUUCUAACGAAACAAAUACAACUAAACUUUCUAUCAGAGCUUCUUUAGUUUCUAGCUACUUACAUGUAGUUUCUUGUGUUGUCAGCCCUCUUGUACAAUUCAAGCAUUUGAAUACUUUGUUGAAUGAAUUGCCAGUGUGAAUCAAUGCCUACCACUGUGGAUAUUAAGUGCUUUUGACCAGUCUUUUGCUACCUCCCCCUCCCCCAAAAAUUAUUUCUGAUAAGUUUAGUUUUGCUGAGAUUUCUUCCAUCCGCUAGAUAGGUCAACUUUGUCUGACUGGGAUAAGUUUAUCAUAAUAAUCAGUGAUAUUUUCCAGAAAAUAACUUCAUAAACAUACAAUAGUCAGACAAAGUUGGUGUUUCUAGUGGGAGCAAUUAAAUUACUUGCAAGGUUACUUUUAUGUAUUGAUAAGUAAAUAAUAGUACAGGCCUAACUGAAAUAGAUCAAAUUAGAGGAAGAGAGUUGUAUAUAAUGGGUUGAAUACAUACAAUAGUUGUUUUUGGUUUGGAAUCCUUAAUUGAAUGAAUACACAGUAUUACUGCAGAGUGAAUGGAGUAUAGUAUACAAAUAUACACUGUCUUGAGAGGUUCUGGUUAAAACUAUCCGCAAGAGGUGACUCCAAUAGUACUAUUUGCUGAGGGGCGCAACCCCAAAGCAAACGGUACUUUUAGAGUCACCGAGGCCCAUAGUUUUAACAGUACCUCGAAUAGAAGGCAUGGUAUAAUUUUUUUAUAUCUUGCAUCAAAUUACCAUUUUGGGGAGAGAAAAAAA